UUAUUCUUCAUAGAGGGCGGAGCGAACGCGCUUUUUCCCCUGGAACUCCCGACAAUUGGGAGAAGUACCUGAACGCCACCCAGUACAACAUGGCGGCCCAACGAAGGAAUUUGAUGCAGAGUCAUCAGAGUUGGACGGACGACCUGCCCAUUUGCCAGCUGUGCGGUGUUGGCACGGCAACCAACAGCUUGUAUGGACCCGAUGGCAAAAGCACGCAGAGCCACCCUAACGAGGACACUUACCUACGCUUCAGGAGCGAGGACGGAUGUUCGCUCUACGCCGUUUUUAACGGCUACGACGGGAGCCGGGUGGCCAAUUUUGCCUCACAGUGUCUGACCGCCGAACUCCUGCUGGACCAGCUCAGCUCCACGCACACGGACAACGAUGUGCGCCGCAUCCUUACGCAGGCCUUUGAGGUGGUGGAGAAGAGCUACCUGCACAGCAUCGAUGAAGCUCUGGCGGAGAAAGCUAACCUGUCCAGCUAUAUGCUUCCACACAGUGAGAAAGUGCAGGAGCGCCUGAAGGAGCUGGAGCAGGAGGUGGCGGGAGGAGCGACGGCCAUCGUGGCGCUCAUCCUUAACAACAAGCUGUACAUUGCCAAUGUUGGGACCAACCGGGCUCUGCUGUGCAAGACCAGCACUGAUGGCCAGAAUCAGUUUUUCCAGCUGGGGCGGCCACAUAACACUGAAAAUGAGGAUGAGCUGCAGAGACUGACUGCACUGGGUGUGGAUUCGGCUCGUGUGAGGCAGGCGGGCCAGAUCAGCGGGCAGAGCAGCACCAGAAGGCUGGGAGACUACAGGGUGAAAAUCAACUACAGUGACAUUGACUUGCUCAGCACGGCCAAGACAAAGCCGAUCAUCACCGAGCCAGAGAUUCAAGGCAGCCAGUCGUUGGACAACGUGAUGGGUUUUUUGUUGCUGAUGUCAGAAGGACUCAUCGAGGCCCUGGAGUCGGCGCACGGCCCUGAACACGUCAACAAGGAAAUCGUUGCCAUGGUAGCAGCGGAGUUGGCCCAGCAGACCAGCCUGGAAGCAGUGGCCCAGUCGGUGGUGGACCGCGUCAAGCGCCUCCACCACGACGUCUACAUGUCCGGCCGCCAGAGGGCGGCGUUGUGCUCCCGCCACGAAGACAUGACCCUGCUGAUCCGCACGCUCAACUACCCGCUCGCGGACGGAGCGCUCACGCCGACACAAGGCGGCCGCAUCUACCCGGUGUCGGUGCCAUACUCCAACAGCCAGAGCACCAGCAAGACCAGCGUCACCCUCUCUCUGGUCAUGCCGUCCCAGAGCACCCUGACCAACGGGACCAACACGGCCUCCACCGUGGAGGAGGGCACCCCCACACUCGGCAACCAGAGCCCCACCGCCACGCUGCAGUCCACCAACACGCAGACGCAGAGUUCCAGCUCCAGCUCGGGGGACGGCAGCCUGUUUCGCCAGCCGGGCAGCCAGGCGGUGCAGCCGGACGAGACGGGCCGGGUGCCGCCCUACGUGGACUUCAGCCAGUUCUACCGCCUGUGGGGGACCGACCACGGGGACGGCCUGACCGCCCACGGGGGGCUGGGACCCCAGUGAGGAGACCAGGACCCAUUUAGGCACACGUACAAACGUCGGAGAGCUUCCGGUUGCUUGAGGAAUGACCGUCGUUAACCAUUUUACUUGGGCCACUUUUGAGCGGAAUCCGCCCCGUCAAAAAAAGACUAAGACUGUGACCUCCGUGGUUCACGUUUGUCGCCUACAGGUGUCUGAAUGGUUGGUGCUACCGAGAAAAAAAACGCAGGACCCAAAAAGGACUCAUCUCUGCGGGUGGGUGGCCAGUAGGUGUGUGACACUCUGGGCACCAAAUGGUUCAAGGAACAAUUCUCGAUUCAAACGGGUCAUUGCAAAUGUAGUAUUUGGUAUAAUUAUUCUUAUAUAUAUAUACGUGUGUGUGUGCGUGUGUGUGUGUG